AAAUACCUCAUCUAUCCCUUCGCUACAACAUCAAUCAACAAAACACUUCUCUCUCUGUCAAGUAUUAGUAAACACUAAACAGCAACCAAUCUCAUCAAUUAAGACUAUCAGAGAAAAUGUCUCUCAUCCCAAGUUUUUUCAGUGGGCGAAGGAGCAACGUCUUUCAUCCUUUCUCCCUUGACGUGUGGGAUCCCUUCAAGGAUUUCAACUUCCCCACUUCUCUUUCUGCAGUUGUGAACACACGUGUGGAUUGGAAGGAGACCCCAGAAGCACACGUGUUGAAGGCUGAUGUACCAGGGCUGAAGAAGGAGGAAGUGAAGGUUGAGAUUCAAGAUGAUAGGAUCCUUCAGAUCAGCGGAGAGAGGAAUGUUGAGAAGGAAGAUAAGAACGAUACGUGGCAUCGCGUGGAGCGUAGCAGUGGCAAAUUCAUGAGGAGCUUCAGGUUGCCAGAGAAUGCAAAAGUGGAUAAAGUAAAGGCUUCUAUGGAAAAUGGGGUUCUCACUGUUACUCUUCCCAAAGAAGAGGUUAAGAAGCCCCAUGCUAAGGCCAUAGAAAUCUCCGGUUAAUUUAUGUUACUCACUCUUUUCUUUAGUUAAAAACUGUGUUUCCUUUUGCUGAGGAUCUUAUGAUCUUGUGUGUCUUUUUUCUUUUUGUGCAAUAAAAUUGCAAUCUAUGCAUUGUAAUUACAAAUACAGUUAAUAGUUGGUGUUUUUGUUGAGAAACUCUUGUUAAUAAAUAUAGCUUGUAUUGUAAUAGAAUCUCAAAAUAUUGUUGUUAUCUGUA